AGCCCAAUGGUCGAGACUCAAAAGCGGUGAACGGUGCUAGAAACCAAUGGACUGUACAAUAAUAAAACCUCAAGGCGAUCCACGUUAAAAUAGAAUUAAACCAAGCCCUGUCAAUCUCAGGUUCGCCUGUUGGGAACAGUCUUCCAGCUCUACUUCUGCAGGGCUGAAGCAAAAAACCUUAAAACUUAAUUGAUAUUCAGGUCAACUGAAAUAGUUUGAAUAGCAAUGGAAAUAGAAAAUGAGCAGAUGGACAACAUCAUUUCUGCAGACUUGGAUAAUUUGAGUGAUACUCCGUUUUCUGGCGAUGAGGGAAACGGUGGGAAUGAGGAAGUAAAAAAUGAAAUCAAUGGUAACUGGAUCCCUGCAACAUCUAUUAAUGAAGCUAAAAUCAAUGCUAGAGCAAAGAGAAGGCUGAGAAAAAAUUCCUCUAGAGACUCUGGAAGAGGCGACUCCGUGAGUGAUAAUGGAGAACCACCAAAAAGUGGAAUCACUGUGCCAACCAGUCCAAAGGGAAAAUUUUUGGACAGGCGAUCUCGUUCAGGAAAGGGAAGGGGCUUACCAAAGAAAGGUGGUGCAGGAGGCAAAGGUGUGUGGGGACCACCUGGUCAAGUGUACGAUCUGGAUGAAGUGGAUAUUAAAGAUCCCAACUAUGAUGAUGACCAAGGUAACUGUGUCUAUGAAACUGUCGUUCCGCCUUUGGAUGAAAGAGGAUUUGAGAAAACCUUAACACCAAUAAUCCAGGAAUAUUUUGAACAUGGAGAUACAAAUGAAGUGGCGGAGAUGCUGAAAGAUCUUAAUCUUGGGGAAAUGAAGUACAGUGUACCAGUAUUGUCUAUAUCAUUGGCAUUAGAGGGGAAGGCUAGUCACAGAGAGAUGACCUCUAAACUCCUUGCUGACUUGUGUGGGACAGUCGUCAGCAUGAAGGAUGUGGAAAAAUCAUUUGACCGGCUUCUUAGAGACCUACCAGAACUAGUAUUGGACACUCCCAAAGCACCACAGUUGGUUGGUCAGUUUAUUGCAAGAGGAGUUGGAGAUGGGAUUCUGUCUGGCAGUUAUAUAGAUGGAUACAAAGGCACUGUGGAUUGUGUCCAUGCGCGAGCUGCCCUAGAUCGAGCUACUGUAUUGCUAAGUAUGACCAAAGGUGGGAAACGCAUAGACAAUGUUUGGGGAUCAGGAGGUGGGCAACAGCCUGUCAAGCAUCUUGUUAAAGAGAUUGAUAUGCUGUUAAAAGAAUACCUUCUUUCUGGAGAUGUUUCUGAAGCAGAACGUUGUCUUCAGGAGUUAGAAGUGCCCCAUUUUCACCACGAACUUGUUUAUGAAGCAGUUGUGAUGGUUUUAGAAUCAACUGGAGACACAAACUUUAAAAUGAUGCUCAGUUUGUUGAAAUCCCUCUGGAGAUCUGCUGUAAUUACUAUGGACCAAAUGAAAAGAGGCUAUGAACGGAUUUACCGUGAAAUUCCAGACAUUAAUCUUGAUGUGCCACAUUCGUACUCUGUGCUUGAACGGUUUGUAGAGGAAUGCUUUAGUGCAGGAAUAAUAUCAAAGCCAUUAAGAGAUCUCUGUCCUUCCAGGGGAAGGAAGCGCUUUGUAAGUGAAGGAGAUGGAGGCCGCCUGAAGGCUGAGAGCUACUGAAUUCACAAACCAACACUUGCAACUGUAGAUGUUUAAAGGGAAUAUACAUGUAUAUAUUCUGUAGCAAGAGUUGCUUGGUGCAGUUUGUUUAUUUGUAAAAAUGCACUUGUUUUGAGGCACAAAUAACUUCUAAAGAUUGUACAAAUUUGUGUUUGCAAAGAAUUUUUUAAGCAUUUUCUCUUUUCUGAACCUGUAGUUCGACACAAGUAACCCCCCUUUCUAUGGAGGUUUGCUGGAAUAAGCUACUCUUUUGUAAGUGCCAUAUUUGACCUAAUCAUUCCAUAUUUUGCAUUGAUACCUGUAUGCCCCUCCUUUCUUUCAAGGACAGUGUUGUUGGGUUUUUUGUAGUAAAAUCACUGGUUUAUUCAAAGCUUUAAAAAUGGGUCAAGUUAAGCUGCUGGAACCCUAUUUUGGCUGCUGCUGUGAAGAAACAGUUAUUUCUUAGAUUCUUUAAAACAAAUUUAGUCUGAUCAUAAGAUGCAUUCAUCUUUUUCCAGGUAAUAUAAUGAAUUGGUGUUAAGACUAGUUCAGCAAAUGGUGGCUGGAACAUCUAUUUUUUCUACAAAACUGGAAAAAUGAACAGUUCUGGCAGAAUGUAUUGCAAAAUAAACUUUUGUGAAGCAGA